AGAAGAAUGCGCAUCCUUGACCUUGUGCCGUUGGCCGGCCUGGUGCUGUGUGUCUCCGUGUCUGCGCUGCUCGUUGAGGAUGAUUCAGUUGUUGAAGAACCGAGAUUGAAAACUUUGGAUUCCGAAGAACCAGAUUCAUCAGAAGAAGUCCUGGCACCGAUGGGAGAGGGAGAAGUGGAUCUAAAUGGCGGAGAUAUGGAUCACCUGAAAGGAUCAUUGGCCCAUUUGUUGGCAGCACAGAGGAUUGCAUCUUUGAAGAAGUCCUUGUCAGAAAUGGAAUACGAGGAUAACCCCAUUUUGAGACGUUACGUGGCUCUAAACAAGAUCAAGAGCAUGGAGGUCGCUGUCAACAAGAUGAAGAGAAUAGUCGCAAUAGAAAAUGCGCGCGAUGAAGCCAAGAAAAGUGACGAACAGGAAGAACGACUGAAUAAGCUGAAAGAUUCGGAUAUUUUGGUUCAAGAGUAGAGAGUAUGUUGAGACAUCCUGGACCCGCCCCCUGGCUCCAGCAAAUGACCCACUCGCAUCUACACAUCUAGUCUGAGGCUGGAUUGUAAAUUGGGGUUUUAAUAAUUUAAUGUUUUUGUUUGUAGGCAAUGCCAAAAUGUGAUCUACUGUUGCCAGUUUUCUGAAAUUGUGCUAUUUAUUCAGACGAUUGAGAACGAUUGAAAAGAAUACAAUAAACAUACGGUAAUUAAUUCAA